AUGUCUCCAAGGAGAGUGGGCAUAAAAAAUCAUUCCACAGUGACUGAGUUUCUUCUUUCAGGAUUAACUGAACAGCCAGAACUUCAGCUGCCCCUUUUCUGGCUCUUCUUAGGAAUUUAUGUCGUUACUGUGAUGGGAAACCUCGGCAUGAUGGCCAUCAUUGGGCUGAGUCCUCACCUUCAUACCCCCAUGUACUAUCUCCUCAGCGGUCUAUCUUUUGUAGAUUUCUGCUAUUCUUCUGUCAUUACUCCCCAGAUGCUGGCAGGGUUUUUAUGCAGAGAUAAAUCUAUCUCCUAUUCUGGAUGCAUGACUCAGCUGUUCUUUUUCUGUGUUUUUGUCAUUUCUGAAUGCUACAUGUUGGCAGCCAUGGCCUAUGAUCGCUGUGUGGCCAUCCGCAGCCCACUGCUCUACCAUGUCGUCAUGUCCCCCAGGGUCUGUUCUCUGCUGGUGGUUGCUGUCUUCUCAGUAGGUUUCACUGAUGCUGUGAUCCAUGGAGGUUGUGUGUUAAGGUUGUCCUUCUGUGGAUCGAACAUCAUCGAACAUUAUUUCUGUGACAUCGUCCCUCUGAUUAAGCUCUCCUGUUCCGGGACUUACAUUGAUGAGCUUUUGAUUUUUGCCAUUGGUGGAUUUAACAUGGUGGCCACCAGCCUCACGAUCAUCAUUUCAUAUGCAUGUAUCUUGACCAGUGUCUUCCGCAUCCGCUCUAAAGAGGGCAGGUCCAAAGCCUUUAGCACUUGCAGCUCCCACCUGACAGCUGUUCUUAUAUUUUAUGGGUCUCUCAUGUCCAUGUAUCUCAAACCUGCUUCCGGAAGUUCACUCACCCAGGAGAAAGUGUCCUCGGUAUUUUACACCACUGUGAUCCCCAUGUUGAAUCCCCUGAUAUACAGUCUGAGGAACAAGGAAGUGAAAAACGCAUUGGUGAAACUUUUAAGGGGAAAAAUAGCUUCAUAA